AUGCAACCCACCCGAAGAAUCUCCCGAUUGUCUGAGAGAGGAACAUCUACUCCGGCUCCCUCCGCCGCUGGUCCUUCCGGACCUUCCCGCAAACGAAUCUGGAAACAACGGCAAGAGAUCCCUCCGCCGCCGUCUUUUCCGCCUGCUGCAUAUACGUCUUCCUCAUCUACCGACGACGAGGUUGAAGCCUUUCAACCCAAAGAGCCGCGUUAUCAAGCAAGCCGUGCUAUCUUCCAAGCACGAAAUCAAGAGAACCCCGAGAUGCUUCGUUCCAACAUCACUCCGUUCUCGAGUCGCUUCGUCAUGAGCAAUUCGGCUGAGAGGUAUGAAAAAUUGGCUCCACGUGAGUUUGUGAUUCAACAGAGGUUAGAUGUGAAUGAUGUGAAACGGGUGGUAGUUAGGUCGGGUUUGAUCUACACUCUGAUUGAUAGUGAUCUGUUUCACCCUAAUGUGGUGAAAGAGUUUAUUGCCAAUUUGGGUACUGCUGAAGAUAGAGGAAAUGGUGUUGCUGUGUUUCUUCGUGGGUCUAUGGUUGAUUUCUCGCCUAGCCUGAUUAAUGCUCUGUAUCUGGUUCCGGGAUUUGAAGAAGAUCAUGACUACUUGGCCGCAGACAUUGAUCAAGUGUGCUCGUUUCUGACGAAUAAUCGUGUGCAGCGUUGGGAAGCCAUGAGCUCCAAGUAUCUGACCCCGACGAAUCAAGUCCUUUACAAGCUAGUGUGCUCAAAUUGGAUUCCCACCACCAACUACAUGUCAAUGAACCAGGAACGACUCAAGUUUCUCUACAUGAUUCAUCAUCACAGAAGCUUUGACUUUGGUCAGAUGGUCUACGAUCAAAUCAUCAGCUUUGCAGCUAACAUCAACACUGACAGGUCUCGGAGGAUCAUUUUCCCUACAUUGAUUCAGCAAGUUAUUGACUAUCAACGUACAGUGCUGUCAUUUGAAGAUGAUGAGGAGUAUACCGGGUAUCCGAAGCUGGUUGUCAAAGACAAAAAGGCAGGCAUAGGGCAAGGGGCUUACUCAAGCUCCGUGGAUCUUCUGGCUGACAUUGAGCGAACCAUAGCUGAUCUUAAAAGCAUUCGGAUUCGCUUGAGGAGGGGAGAAUAUCCACAGUAUCCUCGUCAAACCCCACAGGAUGAGGAGGAAGAUGAAGUGGAACUGGAUAGUGAAGAGAGUGAGAGUUUCUAA